AUGGCCGACUAUGGCGAUGCCUACGAUGAGGAGUAUUACGAUGAUAUGGAGGAGGGGAUUACGUCGGAGGAUUGUUGGACAGUGAUUUCGUCUUUCUUCGAUAGCAAGGGCCUUGUCUCCCAGCAGCUUGACUCCUUCGAUGAGUUCAUUUCGUCAACGAUGCAGGAGUUAGUGGAAGAGCAAGGUCAAGUGACUCUUGAUCAGACCCUCCCUCCUAGCGAAGAUGAAAUCGAUCCCGUCGUUGUCCGCCGAUACGAGUUGAAGUUCGGGACCGUCAUGCUUUCGAGGCCAUCAGUCACCGAAGGUGAUGGUGCGACCACGAUUAUGUUGCCCCAAGAGGCUCGUCUUCGUAACCUCACCUACGCCAGUCCUUUGUAUCUCGGAAUUACAAAGAAGAUUAUGGAAGGACGAGAACGCCUAGUGGCUGACCGCGACGAUGAUGAUGUGAUGGAUUCCAACGAAGAUCGGAAGGCAGCGGGGACUUACCUUCAAUGGGAACAGAAGGAAUUGUCUGCAGACCAGGCCAAGGAAGAAACCGUCUUCAUUGGAAAGAUGCCGAUUAUGCUCAAGUCCAAAUAUUGUAUUCUCAAGGAUCUGAGCGAACAGGCUCUUUACAACUGGAACGAGUGCCCUUACGACUCGGGCGGUUAUUUCAUCAUCAACGGAAGUGAAAAGGUUUUGAUCGCUCAGGAGCGCAGUGCCGGAAAUACUGUUCAGGUCUUCAAGAAGGCUCCACCAAGUCCAACACCGUAUGUUGCCGAAAUUCGCAGUGCCGUCGAGAAGGGUUCAAGGUUGCUCUCGCAGUUGGCUCUCAAGCUUUUUGCCAGAGGUGACAGUGCCAAAGGAGGCUUCGGUCCUACCAUUCGGUCGACGCUCCCCUACGUCAAGACCGAUAUUCCUAUCGUCGUUGUUUUCCGUGCGCUUGGUGUAGUGUCUGACGAAGAUAUCCUCAAUCAUAUUUGCUACGACCGAAAUGAUACCCCUAUGCUGGAGAUGCUGAAACCCUGUAUUGAAGAGGGUUUCGUCAUUCAGGACCGAGAGGUCGCGUUGGAUUUCAUUGCCAAACGUGGUUCUUCCCAGUCCAGCAUGAACCAUGAACGUCGUGUCAGAUACGCUCGGGAAAUUAUGCAGAAGGAAUUGUUGCCUCACAUUUCCCAAAGCGAGGGCAGUGAAACCAGAAAGGCAUUUUUCCUGGGUUAUAUGGUGCACAGACUUCUUCAGUGCGCUCUUGGACGUCGCGACGUCGAUGACCGUGAUCACUUUGGAAAGAAGCGUCUUGACCUUGCUGGCCCACUGCUUGCCAACCUCUUCCGAGUGUUGUUCACCAGGGUUACCCGUGACCUUCAGCGUUACGUACAAAGGUGUGUGGAAACCAACCGAGAGAUUUACCUCAACAUUGGUAUCAAGGCCAGCACCUUGAGCGGUGGUUUGAAGUAUGCUCUCGCUACUGGUAACUGGGGAGAACAGAAGAAGGCAGCCAGCGCCAAGGCUGGUGUGUCGCAAGUGCUCAGUCGCUACACAUAUGCAUCUACAUUGUCACAUCUUCGGCGAACAAACACGCCCAUCGGUCGUGAUGGAAAGAUUGCCAAACCUCGACAGCUGCACAACACUCACUGGGGUCUGGUGUGUCCGGCAGAGACUCCUGAAGGUCAAGCUUGUGGUUUGGUCAAGAACUUGGCGCUCAUGUGCUACAUCACAGUCGGUACACCCAGCGAGCCUAUCAUCGAUUUCAUGAUCCAGCGAAACAUGGAAGUUCUUGAGGAGUUUGAACCUCAAGUAACGCCGAACGCCACUAAGGUCUUUGUGAACGGUGUCUGGGUUGGUGUUCAUCGGGAUCCUGCUCACCUUGUCAACACCAUGCUUUCCCUACGUCGGCGGAACAUGAUUUCCCACGAAGUCAGUCUUAUUCGAGACAUUCGUGAGCGAGAGUUCAAGAUCUUUACCGAUGCCGGUCGUGUCUGUCGGCCACUUUACGUCAUCGACAACGAUCCCAAGAGUGAAAACUGCGGUAGUCUAGUCUUGAACAAGGAGCACAUCCGCAAGCUGGAGCAAGACAAGGAACUCCCGCCAGACAUGGAUCCAGAAGAUCGCCGGGAGCAAUACUUCGGAUGGGACGGUUUAGUGAAGUCAGGUGUUGUUGAGUAUGUGGAUGCCGAAGAAGAAGAAACAAUCAUGAUCGUUAUGACACCAGAGGAUCUGGAAAUUUCGAAGCAACUCCAGGCAGGGUACGCCUUACCCGAAGAGGAGCACGAUAUUAAUAAACGCGUGCGGUCGGUUCUCAGCCAAAGGGCACAUACCUGGACGCACUGCGAAAUUCACCCCAGUAUGAUUCUUGGUGUCUGCGCCAGUAUCAUUCCUUUCCCCGAUCACAACCAGUCCCCUCGUAACACCUAUCAAUCUGCUAUGGGUAAGCAGGCUAUGGGUGUGUUCCUGACCAAUUUCGACCAACGCAUGGAGACCAUGGCGAAUAUCCUCUACUAUCCGCAGAAGCCGCUAGCAACGACACGAUCCAUGGAGUUCUUGCGUUUCCGUGAACUUCCUGCUGGUCAGAAUGCUAUCGUGGCUAUUGCGUGCUACUCAGGAUACAACCAGGAAGAUUCGGUUAUCAUGAACCAGAGCAGUAUCGAUCGUGGCCUAUUCCGCAGUCUUUUCUACCGUACAUACACAGACAGCGAGAAGAUGGUAGGGUUGACAGUUGUUGAACGGUUCGAGAAGCCGAUGCGGUCAGACACGAUUGGCAUGCGGAAGGGAACCUAUGAUAAGCUGGACGAAGACGGCAUUAUCGCCCCUGGAGUGCGUGUUUCUGGUGAGGACAUCAUCAUCGGAAAGACUGCACCACUAGCUCCAGAUGCAGAGGAAUUGGGUCAACGUACCAAGGCUCACACCAAGCUGGAUGUUUCGACACCGCUCCGUAGCACGGAAAAUGGUAUCGUCGAUCAAGUCUUGGUGUCCACCAGCAACGAUGACCUAAAAUUCGUCAAGGUCCGCAUGAGAACGACCAAGGUACCGCAGAUUGGAGAUAAGUUUGCCUCUCGUCACGGUCAGAAGGGUACAAUCGGUAUCACAUACCGACAAGAAGAUAUGCCGUUCACUCGCGAGGGUGUUACGCCAGAUCUAAUCAUUAACCCGCACGCCAUUCCCUCUCGUAUGACCAUUGCUCACUUGAUCGAGUGUCAGCUCAGCAAGGUCUCUUCGCUGCGUGGAUUCGAAGGUGAUGCCACUCCGUUUACCGAUGUCACUGUUGACUCGAUCUCGCGUCUUCUUCGCGAGCACGGUUACCAGUCACGUGGAUUUGAAGUGAUGUACAACGGCCACACUGGCCGCAAACUAGUAGCGCAGGUCUUCCUGGGGCCGACCUACUACCAGCGUCUGCGACACAUGGUGGACGACAAGAUUCACGCGCGUGCGCGUGGCCCAACGCAGAUUCUGACCCGCCAACCUGUGGAAGGUCGUGCUCGCGACGGUGGUCUUCGAUUCGGAGAGAUGGAACGUGACUGUAUGAUUGCGCACGGAGCGAGUGCGUUCCUGAAGGAGCGAUUGUUCGACGUGUCCGACCCGUUCCGAGUCCACAUCUGCGAUGACUGCGGGCUGAUGACCCCGAUAGCGAAACUGAAGAAGGGACUCUUCGAGUGUCGACUCUGCAACAACAAGCACCGAAUCUCUCAGGUGCAUAUUCCGUAUGCAGCCAAGCUUCUGUUCCAAGAAUUAGCGGCGAUGAAUAUCUCGGCUCGAAUGUUCACCAAUCGGUCCGGCGUGUCCGUGCGGUGA